GGGCUCCAGCAUUCACUGGCCUGGCCCCUCUCGCUUCUCUCUGAUCGCUCCCAGUUCACUCUCCUCUCUGCAGCCAUGAUUUCCAGACAGCAGGGUGUCCGAGGCGGGUCCCGAGGCUUCAGUUGUGGCUCUGCAGUUGUAGGUGGGGGCAGGAGGGUUGCCUUCAGCUCAGCCUCCGUGUCUGGGGGUGCAGGCCGCUGCUCUUCCGGGGGCUUUGGCAGCAGGAGCCUCCACAACCUUGGAGGGAACAAGAGCAUUUCCAUGAGUGUGGCCGGAUCCCGACAAGGUGCCUGCUUUGGGGGUGCUGGAGGCUUCGGUGCUGGAGGCUUCGGCACUGGUUUCAGUGCUGGCAGCUUUGGUGGUGGAUUUGGGAGCUCCUUUGGUGGCCGAGGUGGUUCUGGCUUCCCCGCCUGUCCUGCUGGGGGCAUCCAGCAGGUCACCAUCAACCAGAGCCUGCUGACCCCACUCCAUGUGGAAAUUGACCCUGAGAUCCAGAAAGUCCGCACUGAGGAACGUGAGCAGAUCAAGACCCUUAACAACAAGUUCGCCUCCUUCAUUGACAAGGUGCGGUUCUUAGAGCAACAGAACAAGGUCCUGGAGACCAAAUGGAACCUCCUCCAGCAGCAGACGACCACCACGUCCAGCAAAAACCUUGAGCCCCUCUUUGAGACCUACCUCAGUGCGCUAAGGCAUCAGCUGGAUACCUUUGUCAAUGACAAAGGGCGCCUGCAGUCUGAACUGAAGACCAUGCAGGACAGUGUAGAGGACUUCAAGACUAAGUAUGAAGAGGAAAUCAACAAACGCACAGCAGCUGAGAAUGACUUUGUGGUUCUCAAGAAGGACGUGGACGCUGCCUACAUGAACAAGGUGGAGUUGGAAGCCAAGGUGGACACCCUAACUGAUGAGAUCAACUUCCUGAGGGUCCUGUAUGAGGCGGAGCUGUCCCAGAUGCAGACCCAUGUCAGCGACACAUCUGUGGUCCUCUCUAUGGAUAACAACCGCAGCCUGGACCUGGACAGCAUCAUCGCUGAGGUCCGUGCCCAGUACGAGGAGAUCGCCCAGAAAAGCAAGGCUGAGGCCGAGGCGCUGUACCAGACCAAGGUCCAGCAGCUCCAGAACUCAGUGGAUCAACAUGGUGACAACCUGAAGAACACAAAGACUGAAAUGGCAGAGCUUAACAGAAUGAUCCAGAGGCUGCGGGCUGAGAUUGAGAAUGUCAAGAAGCAGUGCCAGACUCUGCAGGCGUCCGUGGCUGACGCUGAGCAGCGUGGUGACAACGCCCUCAAGGAUGCCUACAGCAAGCGCACAGAGCUGGAGACCGCCCUGCACCAGGCCAAGGAGGAGCUGGCACGGAUGCUGCGGGAGUACCAGGAGCUCAUGAGCGUGAAGCUGGCCCUGGACAUCGAGAUCGCCACCUACAGGAAGCUGCUGGAGGGCGAGGAGUGCAGAAUGUCUGGAGAAUACCAGAGUGCUGUGAGUAUCUCCAUGGUUGGCGGUGGCACCAGUGCUGGCAGUGUCGGCAGAGGAUUAGGAAGCUCCUCUGGGUUUGGCCUGGGUAGUGGCUUUGGCUCUGGCUCUGGAAGUGGCUUUGGGUUUGGUGGUGGUGUCUCCAGCAGUUCUGGAAGCAAGAUUGUCUCUACCACCACCCUGACCAAGAGAUCCUUACGGUAGAGAAGAUGAGGUUCCUGCAGACCCCUGCGCCCAGCCAGGCCCAGCCCUGGUGUCUCUGUGCUCCCUUUGCUUGGCUCCACUCCCCAAGCCCCUGAAGCUUGUCUUACCACUGUCACCUCCCCUCUCCUCUGAGCUCUCUCUGCGUCAGGGGGAUCCUCUGUGCUGGGAUGGAGACUCUACCUUUUUGGAGUUUGGUAGUUUUUUCUUAAUUUGGCCCUGGUGACCCAUCUGGAAUGGGAUCGAUGUCAGCCGACCUGUCACCUCCCAUGGACAGAGGAGAAAAUGGCCAAGAGCUUCACCUCCAGAAUUAUUAGAGUCACAUCUGUCCCCUCCCAGUCCAGUGCCAUUUCCUACUAGACCCUGGAUGUUCAUCUGUGCCAGGCCAAACUCAUUCUCCAUUGCCUUGCGUCAAGACCCACUCAGGGCCCCCACUCUGCUCUUCCCACAGCCGCUAUCCAUCUUCAGGUGAAUCUUUAAUAAAACGCUUUUGUCAUUCA